AUGGACGACAUUAGACUGGUUGACGAAAGAGCUUAUAAUAUUGUGAUGAACUACGCUCCAGAAAACUGGGCCAAUGCGUUUUUCCCUGGAGUUAGAUAUGGUCACGUUACAUCAAAUGUUGCAGAGUCAUUCAACAAAUGGAUACAUGAGGCUAGGCUACUACGGAUACUUCAACUGGUAGAGCACAUACGUAAACAGAUUAUGGUUCGUAUGAAUGAGCGACGAACCAUGGCUGAAAGCUGGAAUCAAUUUCUUUGCCCCAAAGCUGAACUUGCUCUCAAAGAGAACAUGGAAAAUGGCCGUCCAUUGGAGGUUCGUCAGUCCCACACAGGAUUAUUUGAGGUACAAUCCCAUAGAUCUUGUCAAGUGGAUCUAGACAAUAAAACAUGCACUUGCCGUGGGUGGGAUGUAACCCGUGUCCCUUGCAAACAUGCAUGCGCAUCCAUUAUGUUUAUGAAAAGGGAUGUCUACCAGUUCUGUGACUGGUUUAUGACGGUUGAAGCCUUUAAAAAAAGCUACGAGCCAAUCCUCUACCCUAUACCUGACUAUGAGAAGCGCAUCGUGCUAAGGGAUGAGAUACAAAUCCUACCUCCACUUACAACAAAAAGGAAAGGGAGAAAUAAAACCAGGCGUAUCAACUACAGAACUGUUUACACGCGGCCAGUAAAAUGUUUUCGAUGUCAUAUGGAAGGUCAUAACCGUAAAACAUGUAAUGAAUCUAUAGCUGACUAA